UCUUGUUCCAAGAUUACACCAUCUUUUCUUUUUCUUUCGGAACUGAAGAAUACAAUGAAGUCCAAAGCUGUUGUGGUUGCGUGUCUGUUGCUGUUCUUGUUGGUCUCUAUCUCUGUUUCUGCGUCGGCAGUGUCCGAAGGAAGCCAACAGCAGCCUGACAAAGCUGAAGGAGCAAAUGCAAAUACCGUGGAAGAGUCAAAGCUACACUGCUACCACGGAUGCUGCAAACGGUAUGGGUAUCGCUGCGUGAAAUGCUGCGGUAGCGCUGCAGAAGCGCAGGCCAAUACCAAUGCCAACACCAAUGGUGAGGCGCAUCAGGAGCGUGCAGAAGUCGAAGCAGCCGCGCAUAGAUGGGGAGGCCACGGCGGAUGGCGAGGUGGAGGCGGACAUAGAGGCGGACGGGGCGGCGGUGGAGGUGGGAAGUGAUUAGUGUGUGUGUGUGUGUAAGUGUGGUGGUACAAAGAAUAAGGUAGGAGGGAAGGAAAAUGAAUAAAUAAUUAAGAAUGAAGGGUCAUAGUGCCCUACAAUAGAAGGGUUAGAUCCCUUCACUGCUACGCUACUCUUACAUGUGAAAUAUAUAUAUAUAUAUAUAUUAUGUCUUUCGUGUUA